AUGGCACAUACUCUAUUCAAUUGUUUUUCAGGCCGAAACGAGUUGAUUGCAAGAUACAUAAAAAUUCGGUGCGGUAAAACACGCACUCGGAAGCAGGUCUCCUCCCAUAUUCAAGUGUUGGCGAGGAAAAAACUACGUGAGUCACAAGCAAAAACGAAAUCAGCAGAGGCAUCGCCUUCACCUGGAUCUAUGGAGAAAGAUAAACUGUUACAUGGUUCCCCCACUCCAAUGGUUUCGCUUCCAAAGCAGAAUACACCACCAUCAAUUUAUCCCCAAGUAUGGCCAAACAACUUCAUUGCUGGCAGUCCGGCCACAUCAUUCCCGACGAAUGAGGAACUCAAAAUGUAUCAUCGGAUAGCUGGGCUAAACGGCUGCGACGGUUUAUCCGCGAUAAAUGCUUUGAAAGUUGCUCCCAGCUCAUCGGUAAUAUACGACCGGGCGAUUGCUUCAUCGCAACUUGCUUUGUGCGGGUUUACUGCUUACGUAGAGCCAAUUCCCAACUUACCCUCCUCUCGAGUGGAUCUCGUUAAAAUUCCAAAAUUAGCCGACGAGCCAUUGGAGACAGUAAAGUUAGAACUUUUUGCCGACAAGUACCCCUCAACGUUACGAGAUCUGUAUAAGAAAGGUCCUCAGGAUUGUUUUUUCAUUGUUAAAUGCUGGGCCAAUGUUCAGUUCGUUUUACCGAACGAUCGGUCAGCACUUUACGCAGUUGACAGUUUUUAUGAAAGUCGUGAGAAAUUCGACAUAUCUGUAUCUACAAAAGUUUGCUCAUUUGGAAACCAGGUUAUCGAAAAAAUUGAGGUAUAUUCGCCUAUAGAAGUGAAUGGGAAAUAUCAUUUUCAACUGGAAGGGUCACCCAUGUGCGAGUAUAUGGUAGAAUUUGUAACGGAACUAAAAAAACUGAAUGACUAUGGCUUGAUGAAUAGUGUGUUGGACAACUUCACAAUUUUGCAGAUUGUUACUAAUAAGGAAACCGAAGAAACUUUGAUGGUAAUUGGGUUCGUAUUUGAAGUAUCUCCUGAUCCUGAAGCUACUUGUCGAUUAUAUAGACUCGUAGCUAAUUGA